UCCACGUGGGUCUGAAGUUUGGGGGACCCUCCUCCGCCCUCCGGCCCUGCUGGUCCAUCUCGGGGUCCCCGAUCGCCGCCAGGGACGCUCCUGUCUGCCUCCGUGGCCUCGGGCAGGUGGCUGGCCCUCUCCGACCCUCAGUUUCCCCUUUUACGAGCGGUGCCAGCGCCCGCCCCGGUGGUUGCGGUAAGCUGUCCAGCGCGACACCCAGGCCGUGUCGGGGGAGCGGCCAGGGAACCCGGAGGGGGUCGAAUUUCCGUCUCACUUUUACAACGUGACCUUGGGCCAGGGAGUUCCUCGCCGUGGGCUUCGGUUGCUCCUCUACCGAAGGAGCAAAGCGUGAGCGCGGACCGGCGAGAUGGUGGCCUGUGAGUAUGGCAUGGUACACGUGGUCUCCGAGACGGGGGGCCCGAAAGGCAAGGAUUACUGCAUCCUCUACAACCCACAGUGGGCCCACCUGCCACACGACCUCAGCAAGGCGUCUCUCUUGCAGCUGAGGGACUGGACGACUUCCAUGCUCUGCUCUGCAUCCGACCUCCCUGCCAAAGGCUUUAGCAACCAGAUUCCACUGGUGACUCGGGGGAACUGCACCUUCUACGACAAAGUGAGGCUGGCCCAGGGCAGCGGGGCGCACGGGCUGCUCGUCGUCAGCAAGGAGACCCUGGUCCCUCCAGGAGGCAACAAGACGCAGUAUGAGGAGAUCGGCAGUCCCGUGGCCCUGCUCAGCUACAAAGACAUGCUGGACAUUUUUAAGAAUUUUGGCCGAUCGGUGAGGGCAGCGUUGUAUGCCCCGCACGAGCCCAUGCUGGACUACAACAUGGUCAUCAUCUUCAUCAUGGCCGUCGGCACUGUUGCCCUUGGGGGCUACUGGGCUGGGAGCCGGGACGUGAAGAAAAGGUAUAUGAAGCACAAGCGGGAUGAUGAGCCUGAGAAGCAGGAGGACGAGGCUGUGGACGUGACGCCCGUCAUGACCUGCGUCUUUGUGGUCAUGUGCUGCUCCAUGCUGGUGCUCCUCUACUACUUCUACGACCAUCUUGUCUACGUGAUCAUUGGGAUUUUCUGCCUGGCCUCCUCCACGGGCCUCUACAGCUGCCUGUCGCCGUUGGUCCAGAGGCUGCCAUUUGGCAAAUGCAGGGUCUGCAACAGCAGCCUGCCCUACUUCCACAAGUGCCCUCAGGUCCGCAUGCUGCUCCUGGCAUUGUUCUGCGUGAGUGUCAGUGUGGUGUGGGCAGUCUUCCGGAAUGAGGACCAGUGGGCCUGGGUCCUCCAGGAUGCGCUGGGAAUCGCCUUCUGUCUCUACAUGCUCAAAACCAUCCGCCUCCCCACUUUCAAGGCCUGCACGCUGCUGCUGAUGGUGCUGUUCAUCUAUGACAUCUUCUUUGUGUUCAUCACGCCCUUCCUGACCAAGAGCGGGAACAGUAUCAUGGUGGAAGUAGCGACCGGGCCUGCGAACUCAGCUACACGUGAGAAGCUGCCCAUGGUCCUGAAGGUGCCCAGGCUGAACGCCUCGCCACUGGCCCUGUGCGACCGGCCCUUCUCCCUCCUGGGUUUUGGAGACAUCCUGGUCCCAGGGCUGCUCGUGGCGUACUGCCACAGGUUCGACAUCCAGGUGCAGUCGUCCAGGGUCUACUUCGUGGCCUGCACCAUCGCCUAUGGCAUCGGCCUCCUGGUGACGUUCAUGGCCCUGGCCCUCAUGCAGCGUGGCCAGCCGGCCCUCCUGUACCUGGUGCCCUGCACGCUGAUCACCAGCGGCGCCCUGGCCCUGUGGCGCGGGGAGCUGGGCAUGUUCUGGACGGGCAGUGGCUUUGCAAAGGAUCUACCUCAGCCUCCUUGGGUGCCAGCCUCCGCCGAAGGCCCACCGCCUCUGAAAGACUCGGAGGUUGUGUUUUCCCAGCAGCCUCCAGGAGAAGCACAGGUCAAGCCCACACUGCCCGAAGAGCAGCCUCCAGAACUGGCUGAUCCCAAGGAUGUGGCCGGUGUGUCCACCCAGGAACCCGUGAGUCCUGCCAGCCACACCCCUGAGCCUCCAGGCCUGCCAGGCACCUCAGCCUAGGGGGCCAGUGCAGCCUGAGUCCCUUGCCGUCCCUCCAAGACUGGACCUGCCAUUCCCCAACUUGGUGCUCUGGUCUGGCCAAUGCUCACAUCUCAAGCCCAGCCACGCCUGGACCCCGGCCCUGCUCCCAGCUCAUGUGGCUGCCGCAACCCCUGGGACCGCCGAGGUCCCCGCCCCGCGAUCCCAGCCCUGCAUCUUCCUAGUUGGAGUCUCGGUGGAACCCAGGUCAGGAAGCGUCACCUCUGCCCACUGAUGGCUGCACAUCUGCCACAUUUGGUGCUUACACCAUGCUGCUGCUUCCUUCAGGCUCCCCCGGAGAUGCUCCGUCCGGGCCGGAGGGGAGGGGUCUGCCCCGAAGGCCAUGGCUUUCCUUCGGCCGUGCAGCUGGUCCAGAUGCCGAAAGCCAGGCCUGGAGGUGUGAGCUCAGGCCCUCAGCCCAGCUGGCAUGGGGGCUGGAUCCGCCUCUGGACAGGCUGGGGAGCCGGGUAAGAGCCGCCAGCAAAGCUGGUGGUACAUGGACGGGCUCUUGGUCUCAGCCUGAUCCUGGUUCCUUCGUCAGCCUGGGAGUGUCUGCAGCCUGUGCUCCGUCCAGCCCCUCCAUGUCUUAAUAAACAGCAGACUUUCCGAAAUGCCAGUGGUGUCACCUCUUGGACUGCCCUUCCUGGAGGCAGGAUGGGUACCAGGCCGGUGGCCAGGUCCUUGGGGUCCACGGGCCCGGCACCCCGGAGCCCUCAACGGCUGGCUCUGUCCUUUGUGUCGGCUCCGCUGCCUCAGCACAGAGGAACUGGGGCUUCCCUUUCCACAUCACGGGCAUCUGCACAUUCUUGACUGCACCCCAGCACACGGCUCCCUGGCCUCCAGCUGCAGCACGAGCAAGGCGAGCAUCUGCGAGGAGCUUCUGGAACAUGGGGGAAUGUUCUGGAAGUGGCAUUUUGUUUUCUACCUCUGAACCUCACGGCAUGCCGUGGUGGAGCUGGCCCAGCGGCCCCGUUCCCGACACCCUCUGUCCGCCAUCAUGUUGCAUGUGUCACCACCACUCGGAACGACAGGUGCCUCGGGGCUGCCGACCACCAGGACUGUCUGCGGCCCUGGGGCCUUGCUCCUCCCUGUCCCGUCCACGCAACCUCCAGACUCAUGUUCAGAUUUUCCAUCGGAGUGACGUGAGGGCACAGACCUUCCAGCCACGGGGUCCCGGUCCUGCCCUUGUAGACCAUGGGAACGGACCAAACCAUGAUCCACUCCAAAAAUACCAGCGCCAGACAGACUCACACACUGUCUUUGUUAGCUACACUUCUCAAGGGAGAAAUUUUAUUCCUCAGAAAACAAGAUGUCUUCCACCCGUUUCCCUGUUUCUCCGGGGAGGGAGAGCAGCUGGACCUCAGGCCCCCGGGAACUCCUUGGGGCCGGGGCAAAGGACCCACGCGGACCCUGUCUGACCCUCGGCCUGCGCCUUAAUCUAAGCCAUUUUGUACAUGGGUGUCAACGAUGGGAAUCUUUUUUGUUUUGGAAAUUAGACAAAUGUCAUGGGAUUUGAAGGUGAUGUUAGUUCCUACAAUUUUCGUUUGCAGUUUUGGCCUUGCUUCUAUUCAUAUCUUAUAAUUAAACAGCUUUGGAUAUGUA